AAUAUCAAAUAUCGAACGCCAAAACGCAAGACAUCAAUCACGCCGUCAGUAACUUCUCAGUUCAUAAGGUUCCUUAACUGUUCCUUUCCACCAUUGCACCUGUACAGAAGUUUUGCGCGAGAGAAGAUAUAUACCUGUUUGAUCCGUAACUGUGUUAUUGUGCCAUCUGGCACACAUACCUCACCAUGAAGCUCGUACGCUUUCUUAUGAAAUGUGCGAAUGAAACCGUGACGAUCGAGCUCAAAAAUGGCACCAUCCUCCAUGGCACCAUCACAUCUGUUUCCCCGCAAAUGAACACCGCGCUGCGCACAGUCAAGAUGACACCAAAAGGCCGCGACCCGAUAUCCCUUGACACCAUAAACAUUCGUGGUUCUACCAUCAGAUAUUACAUCCUCCCUGACAGCCUUCCGCUAGACACAUUACUCGUGGAUGACACGCCGAAGCCAAAAAACAAAGCUAGAAAAGAAGCAGAUCGCGGACGUGGUGGAAGAGGAGGCGGAGGAAGAGGCCGAGGCGGUGGGCGGGGCCGAGGAAGGGGACGGGGCAGAGGGUUUUGAGUGAACCGUUGACUCUUUAUCGGAGUUUAUAUAAUGAUUAGAUUUUGGUUGUGCCAGUUAUGUACCAAACGCUGAGCCUGCACAAGUCCAAAAACUGCUCUGGGAACGAUGCGUGGGGGUUUUACUUUUUCGUUCCUCUCCCUUCCUGUUUAUUUUCUUUUGCAAUGAAUCUGGCAUGUGCGGAUCUGGAUGGAUGGCUCUGUGGAUUGUUUCUUUUUAUACUUUUGCUUUAUGUACUUUGUCUAUUAUCCAACUGGCGAACCUCGGGGAAUCAGAUGCUUUUACAUGUGUCGCUUGAUACGCUCCACGUUGGAUCUGUUUGUUUACGGGAGAUAUAACGAAGGUGUCGUUAAGGAGUGAAAAAAGGUAAGCCUUGGGUGAUAUAAACAGUACUAUGUGGUUAACCAAGGCAAGGAAGAACCUGAUCUAGGAAGGUUCUCAAACCCUUUGCUAGAUCAAAAAAGCCCAAAAAGAACACGUGCGGAUCACCUAAUACUGGAAUUGAAAGGCAAACGGGAUGGACAACCACGGGGAAAAUUUCUAUGAAAUUAUCCCUUCGUCUCAUGUCAUCUCAUUCCAUUUAUUUUUUAAGAAUUGGACUCUCUCCAUAUUCGCAAUAUCACCAAUCGUUCCCAACCAGCUUUCACUCCACUUUUCCCCACAAUUUCAGCAGUCCAGCCCGACCCCCAGCCCAUGAUACGCGUCUUCACUUCAUCUGGCUUAUUCUGCGCGCAGAGUAAAAUGUAAGCGACGCCACGUUCUGGAUCUAACACCUCUGAAAUUGAAUUUAGAAGUCGAUUUGUAGUUUCCAUUCCAAGUUCUCCGCCAGCAUAUGAGAGAGAAAGGAGGUGAGACUCGCGCUCAAAUUGGGAGAGAGGGGGGCUAGAGAGUACUGGAUCUCCCCCUUCGGUUAACAGAAUAUCUGGCAACUCCGG